AUGACGGCCGUCCAACCACUGUUCCCAACACCCAAGAAAUGUUUAAAGAUUGAGGUAACUUCCAAACGCAAUGCCUGGCUCAUGAGCUUGCUGCAUGGUGUCGGACUGGAAGUGGAUUCUCCCAAUGCAACGGAAGAAGAACGCACUGGAAAUAGUUACGUGGUACAGUUUCAGAUGAUGGAGCAUGUUGGGCUUUUCUUUAGAUUGCAUGGUUUACGAAAGACAUCAUUAGAUGUCAACACUGAAAUAACACAGAUGUUAGAAUUAUCUGACAAGGAUUUUAAAGCAGCCUUCAUUAAAAAGCUUCCACAGGUUGUAGUGGAAGGAGAGGCUCUCUGGAAGCAGCUGGUGGUGAAAGGAGUGUGGCAGGCAAAGAGGAUUCAGGCAAUCCUGGUUUUCAAUAACCACGGGAAGCCGUGGCUUGUCUGCUUCUACCAGCGUUUCCCAGAAGAAAUUCAACAGCAGAUUAUUCGAGAGAUCUUCCGUCUAGUUCUCAAAUGGGAUGACAACAUCCGUAACUUCUUGGAGGGUGGAAGUUUGAUUGGUGGGUCUGACUACAAACUGAUUUAUCAGCAUUAUGCUACCCUCUACUUUGUAUUUUGUGGGGAUUCAUCAGAGAGUGAACUUGGGAUCUUGGACCUCAUCCAGGAUCUUGUGGAGACUCUGGACAAGUCUUUCGAAAAUGUUUGUGAAUUGGAUUUGAUCUUCCAUAUGGAUAAGGUGAGCUACAUUCUUCAGGAGGUGGUGAUGGGUAGGAUGGUGUUGGAAAUAAACAUGAAUGAAAUCGUGGCUCAGACUGAAGCUCAGAACAGGCUGGAGAAAUCUGAGGGUGGCCUUUCAGCAGCGCCCGCCUGGGCCGUGUCCACCUUGAAAAACAUCAGCCUGCUGGAGAUGCCUCGGAUUAUCAACACUGGCGAUCUCAACAUCAAGGUCCCCAACCUGUCGCAGUUUGUCUGA